AUGUCACCAACAGGUGUCUGUUUCACUCCACCUGUGCACAUCAAACAAACCAUUGAACAGAUGAGUAUUAUCCAAGCUGCUGAAUCCAUCGGAGUGAUUACCGAUGAGAAAAGUUAUACGGCUCCUCCGCCUCCUCCAGCUGCUGCUCUUCUUCGUAUUUCACCUAUUGCCUAUUUCUAUGCGAAUCAUUUACCUUCGGUCCGUCUUAAAGUAAUUACCAACUGCAUUCGAGCAAUGUUUGGUCAAGAGAUAUCUAUGGAAAUCUUUGUCGCCUAUAUUGAACUACUUGUCAGUGCUCUUAACGGUCACACGAAAGAGAAAAUACUCCAGUCAAUUCAAAUUUCGACGGAUCAACGUGAUCCUAUGAGUAUUGCCUUAAUACAAUUGAUCGAUCUUCUUCGAAACGAUAACAAUAAUAUUAAGCAGGGUGUCCAACAAGCGAUUGCUUUCAAUCAUUCGAUAGAACAAGAAUGUAAAUGGCUCAAUCCCUAUGAUUCAAAUCAGACAAUUAUUGUUACACUCUAUCUUCAAGUCGGUGGUGCACUCUACUAUCAAACGGUGCCUUCUGAAUGGUUCGCUCGUGUUUAUGCAAAAGAAACUUUAAUAGCCUUGGCAAAAUGGCUCAACUUUGAACGUCAGUCGAAUGAAGUCAAAGAAAAGAAUUUAUCUUAA